UUUCACGUCGCAUCCAACUUUUCACCCCCUUUCCUAACUUCCCCUCCCUUGAAAAAAACAUACUUUGGAUUACAGCUGGCAAGUUUGUUCCUGUUUGUGGGUGCCAAAAACAAAGCAGCCCUAAAGGCAGAAAAACUGUCAAUUUUCUGACAACGUAAUAUGAUGGGGCUUGAAAAAAGUCUAUGACUAUAUGCCAAAUAUAAACAAGGAAGACUUGGAAAUGCCACCCCUGUGUUUUCUUUACAGCACGGUUGGCUCGCUAGCUCUCUAGCCUACUCAUUCGCACGCAAACAUUACACGGUGAUGCACAGCGAAAUGUGGAUAGAGGUACGUCGAGAAAAGGUGGAAGUUCACUAAGCAGCUGGUAAGCCAGCGAGCUGACUCGUGUGUGAAUUAUCCUUCUGCUUGCCAAAUGUGGAACUGAAAACAUUCUACAACGAAAUGUGGAAAUUGCCUAAUUUCGAUUCAGCAUUGUGACCAGUGGUCGCACAUCGCCAAGACAUCACAUCCAGCUUCCCCAUCCCUGUCCCUCUCACUCUGGUCAUCAUGAGUAGUCACCGGGUCGAUGCCAAGGUCGUCAUGCUGGGGAAGGAGAGUGUGGGCAAGACAAGCCUGGUGGAGAGAUUUGUGCACCACCGCUUUCUCGUAGGACCAUAUCAAAAUACCAUUGGAGCAGCAUUUGUUGCAAAACCAGUCCAGGUGGGAGACAAAGUAGUGACCCUGGGAAUAUGGGACACAGCUGGAUCAGAGCGCUAUGAAGCUAUGAGCAGAAUAUACUACAGAGGAGCGAAGGCUGCAGUUGUGUGCUAUGAUUUGACUGACAGUAGCAGCUUUCUGCGGGUGAGGUUCUGGGUGAAGGAGUUACAGAACUGUGAAGAACACUGCAAGAUAUAUUUGUGUGGUACAAAGAAUGACCUUGUUGAAGCUGACCGCAGCAUGCGCCAAGUAGACUACCACGAUGUCCAAGACUUUGCAGAUGAAAUAAAGGCUCAGCUUUUUGAAACAUCCAGUAAAACAGGUGCCAAUGUGGACAAGCUCUUUCAGAAGGUUGCAGAGGACUUCAACAGCACUGCCUUCCACGUCUUAACAGAGGAGAAGGGAGUGGAUCUGGGGCAGAAGAAAGACACUUAUUUCUACUCUUGCUGCCACCACUGACUUUGGACUAGACGAGUCUCGCUGGACGCCACAUCUCUGGAAUCGUGGGAAUUUCUCCACUUUAAAGGAAAAAAAAAAAA